GGCGGCGGCGACCGCGGCGCCAGUGAGGGGCCCGUGGGCCCGGGCGGCUCCGGGCCGCGGCCCCGCCGCGGGACGGACCAUGCUACGUUCCACCGGCUUUUUCCGGGCCAUCGACUGCCCGUAUUGGGCUGGGGCUCCCGGGGGGCCCUGCCGGCGGCCCUACUGCCACUUCCGGCACCGCGGGGCCCGGAGCCCGGGCGCUCCUGGGGGAGGCGGAGCGGCGUCCCCCGCAGCAGGGCUCGGUUAUGACCCAUACAACCCCGAGCUGCCCAAGCCCUCCUCACAGAGAGAGAAUGGGGCCCUGGGCCGAGGGGAUGAGCCCCACUCAGACAUCCUGGAGCUGGAGCUGGUCAACCAGGCCAUUGAGGCUGUGCGCUCUGAGGUGGAGCUCGAACAGAGGCGGUACCAGGAGCUCCUGGAGACGGCCCGGGAGCACAGCUCAGUGGAGGCCCCUGCCCUAGCACCCUGCGGCACUGCUGCCUGCCCCGCUGCUGGCCUGGAUGGGGACACCUUCCCACUGUCCUUCGAUUACAACCCCAGCGGCCAUGGCCUGUUAAGCCCUGAUGGCGGCUACCAGCCCACCCCGCUGGCUGCCCCUGCUGACUCUGGCAGCAAGUACUCGCUGGCCUCUCUGGACCGGGGUCAGGGUCAUGGUGGAGGGGGUGGCAGUGCCUUGGAGUAUGUUCCCAAGGCUGUGAGCCAGCCACGGCGGUAUGGCCGCCCCAUUCCUAGUGGCAAGUACGUGGUGGACAACUCUAAGCCGUCUACAGACCUGGAAUACGACCCACUGUCCAACUUUUCUGCCCGCUUGCUCAGCAGGGCCAGCGCCAAGGAUGACAGGGCCCCCAAGCGGCCCAGGGGCUCCCGCAGCAGUGAGCCAUACACACCUGCACCCAAGAAGCCCUGUGACCCCUUUGGCAGCUGUGAUGCCAGGUUCUCAGACUCAGACGAUGACGCUGCCGCAGCUCCUGGGGAUAGGCCCACCACUGCCAGCCCCCCAAGAGCCCGAGCAGGCCCUGAGAGCAAGGCCCCAGGGAGGCCAGGCUCCAGGGAGGGCCCAGAGCCUGAGGAGGUCAGCCUCCGGGAGACUAAGGAGAUGGCCGUGCAGUAUGAUGUGGGGGAUCUUGGGCAGCCACCCACGGGCCCAGGCCGGUCACCCCCUGCCAAGCCCAGCUCCCCAGCCAGGCCUUCACAGGAGCACAGCAGCCCCAAGGAAGGGAAGCCCAAGAAGAAGAAAAGUAGGGUGCUGCCAGCCACUGGCCAUAAGGACAGUGUCCGGAAGUCAGACAAGAGUAGGGAUGCAGAACGUGGGAGGCCGGCCGAGAAGUCCUGUGGAGACAAGAGGGGUCCGCAGGCCAGCAGCCCCCGGCACAGGGCGGAACGGCCCCAUGGGACCAAGAAAAAGCCAUCUUCAGCCACUGCGGGGAUCAGCUCAGGGAAAGGCCGGCCCAAUGGCUCGGGACCACGGCAGAGCCCCACAAGGGUGGGCACCCACCCUCCGCCAGACAGGACGGGUGGGAAGACCCCAUCAGGGAAGCUGAUAGAGCGGAAGGCCCGCUCACUGGAUGAGGGCGCCCCCCGGGAUGCCCCCAAGCUGCAGAGGCGGGCUCUGAGCCACGCCGACCUCUUCGGGGAUGAGAGUGAGGACGAGGACCCCGGGUCCCAGGCACCAGGACUCCGGCCACCUGCCCUUCCCAGCCUCAGCUCCGACUCUGACUCCGACUCUGACACAGACUCUAGCCUGAGUCUCUCUGCAGCUCAGGGGCCGCCCAAACGCCUCAAGGCCUCCCCGCCCCCCUCAGCUGGCCAGUCCUCCCCCUCAUCCUCCUCCUCCUCGGGGGCGGGCUCUGACGUGGACUAUGCUGCCCUGGAGAAGGAGGUCGACUUUGACUCUGACCCCAUGGAAGAGUGCCUGCGAAUUUUCAAUGAGUCCACUGCUGUCAAGACAGAGGACAAGGGCCGGCUGGCUCGGCAGAUUCUGAUCCUGUGCUGGUUGGAACAGAGGGAGCAGGAGGCAGGCCCUGAGAGUGGGUUGGGCCAUGUCUGCAGAACUUGCCUCCGCAGGCCUGAGAGGUGGGCUCUGGGGCACCGAGUCUGUUUCCUCACCUGUGGGGCAGGGCCUGGUACACCUCCUAAGGUCAAGGAGGGAGAGGCGGCAGCUACUCCCUCAAGCAAGUCACUGUCUUCCCACCGCUCCCUGUCCCAGUCUCACAUCCCCCACCUGCCCAAGGCCAGGGCAGCAGUGGGGGGUGCCUCACUGAGGGACGGGUGUGUGUUCCAGCCUCUCAAGGACGAGAAGGCUGAGGAUAAGGGGCACUCAGGGCUGGCCACUCUGUUCCCGGGGCAGAAAAGGAGGAUUUCGCACCUCUCCAAGCAAAGCAAGGGGGCAGAGCCCAUGAGGCGAGGCCCAGUGCCUCCUGCCCGGCCUCCUACUGCUCAGGAGGUGUGCUACCGACGGGCCCAGCAGGCACAGAGGGAGUCAGUCAGCUUCCUCCAGGCUGUCCAGCAGCCGUCCUCAGUCCACAUCUCGGCCCCUGGAGAGAAGAAGAGGAUCGCCCACGUCCCCAACCCCCUCCUGGCUGCAGCCCCCACAGGUGCCAAGAGGACCCUCUCGGCCAGCACCAGCCAGACUCCCAAUGGCCCUGAGCUGGGCAGCCAGCCCCUGAAGACGCGCACACUGUCCGGCAUGGCAUCCAAGACCACCACCACUGUCACCCCCAAGCGCGUGGCACACAGCCCAUCCUUACAGAGUUUAAAGAAGCCCAUUAUCCCAAAAGAGUUUGGUGGCAAAGUCCCUACUGUCAUUCGUCAGCGGUAUCUCAACCUAUUUAUUGAGGAGUGCCUCAAAUUUUGCUCUUCUAACCAGGAAGCCAUAGAGAAGGCGCUCAAUGAGGAGAAGGUGGCCUACGACCGCAGUCCCAGCAAGAACAUCUACCUGAAUGUUGCUGUGAACACCCUCAAGAAGCUGCGGGGCCUGGUCCCCCGCACCGGGCCUGGUCUCAACAAAACCAGCAGCUGCAGAGUUGUGUCUCAUGAAGUCGUGCUGGGGGGCAAGUUGGCUGCCAAGACCAGCUUUUCGCUCAGCAGACCUAGUAGCCCCCGUGUGGAAGAUCUGAAGGGGGCCGCCCUGUACAGCCGCCUCAAGGAGUACCUGCUCACCGAGGACCAGCUCAAGGAGAACGGCUACCCCUUCCCACACCCCGAGCGCCCAGGAGGCGCUGUCAUCUUCACGGCGGAGGAGAAGAAGCCCAAGGACUCCUCCUGCAGGGUCUGCUGCCGCUGUGGCGCUGAGUACCUUGUGUCCUCCUCUGGGCGCUGUGUGCGUGAUGAGGAGUGUUACUACCACUGGGGACGGCUCCGCCGAAACCGAGUGGCUGGUGGCUGGGAGACUCAGUACAUGUGCUGCUCGGCUGCCAUCGGCUCCACCGGCUGUCAGGUUGCCAAGCAACACGUGCAAGAUGGCCGGAAGGAAAGCCUUGAAGGGUUUGUGAAGACUUUUGAGAAAGAACUGUCAGGAGAUGCGCACCCAGGAAUCUAUGCCCUUGACUGUGAAAUGUCCUACACCACGUACGGCCUGGAGCUGACGCGGGUCACGGUGGUGGACACAGACCUACAAGUUGUGUACGACACCUUCGUCAGGCCGGACAACGAGAUCGUUGACUAUAACACCAGGUUUUCAGGGGUGACUGAGGCUGACCUCGCAGACACAAGCAUCUCACUCCGGGAUGUCCAGGCCGUGCUGCUCAGCAUGUUCAGUUCGGACACCAUCCUCAUUGGCCACAGCCUGGAGAGCGAUCUCCUGGCCUUGAAGGUUAUCCACAGCACCGUGGUGGACACGUCCGUGUUGUUCCCGCAUCGCCUGGGCCUCCCGUACAAGCGCUCCCUGCGGAAUCUCAUGGCCGACUACCUCAGACAGAUCAUCCAGGACAAUGUGGAUGGGCACAGCUCCAGUGAGGAUGCCAGUGCCUGCAUGCACCUGGUGAUCUGGAAGAUCCGAGAAGACGCCAAGACCAAGCGGUGACCGCCGCCUGCCCGCCCACCUCUCCCGCAGCCCCGGCCCGUCCUCUACCCCAGGCCUCUUCCAAAACAGUGCAAUAAAUCUCGAGAGCUAACCCUGUCCACAUCGCCAAGACAUGGAAAACCGAGAAUGGGAGGAGCCGGCGGCAGAGAGCCCAACGCUGAGACUGACCCCACCCGGAGUCCUGAGCCCCUGCCUUACCCCUCUCGCCCGUCUUUGCCUCCCUGCCCCAGACCUCUGUCCUCUGGAGACUGCUGCUGACUUGACGGGCGAGGCCGGGACCACCCCACCCGGCACCCCAGCCGGGCCCUGCUGGUACCUCGGGCGGAGGCGAGACCACUACUCCUGCCCCUUCUCGUGGGGGGUGGGGGUGGGGAGCGGGGGCGGAAGGCGGCUGGGCAGGCUUGUCAAAGGUUUGUUUGUGACAGGGGUUGUCUUUUUAUUUUGUAUUGUUAUUUUUAUUAUUCUUAAUUUAAACCUGAUGACUUGCACAGUUGUCUUCCCCCACCCAGAGGAGCAAGACCCUGGUGCUGCCUUCCCUGCUGGGGGGUGGGGAUAGGGCUGGGAGGGGCCAGAUGUCACCCCAGCAGCUGCCAGGCCUUGGAGUUUCCGCUCGGUCUGGGCCUGGACAGGUGUGCACUGGCCUCCUCUAGCCCACCUGGACCCCAAAAUUUCUGGGAAACAAGCCAGCCCCUCCAUGAGCCCCCAGGACCUCGCCUUCCGGAUGCCCCAGGGCCCAUUGGCCUCUGGACACUUGUCUUCCCGCCAGAGCCCCGCCCUCAUCCGGGGGCUGUCUGUAAAGGCCUGCAGCCCCCCAGUUCCCAGACCCCCUUCCCCAGCCCCCCAGGCAGGGACGGAAUAAAUGUUUGUAUGGAUUUUAGA